GUCCGACGUUCGUGUCUCUCUUUGUUCGGGUCGGUCGAUCGAGAUCGAGCGAUCGGGAGAGUGGGAAGGAGAAGGAUGGGCGGCGGCGGCGGCCAUGGUGAGAGCACGACGUACAAGGGUUUCACCAUUCACCACCCCAAGCGGUGGCACGUCGUUACCGGAAAGAGCCUCUCCGCCAUCAUGUGGUUUUGGGUUCUUUACAGGGCUAAGCAAGAUGGUCCAGUAGUUUUGGGUUGGCGUCAUCCUUGGGAAGGACAUGGUGACCACUCUCACGAACAUGGGCAUGAAAAUGAGGCCUCUUACUAGGAUGCAGAUUGUGGAACCCAUGGGAGUUUCCAGCCAUCUGAUUUCCCCAAAACCUUUAGCGAAUAAAUCUGGAUUUUGACAUGGAUUGAACAUGUUUUUCUUGUUCAUUUGUUACGUAUUUGGGCAAUGGAACGUCAAAUCGUCUGCCGACUCAUUGUUGGAUUUGCAGUUUCGGGCUCCAUCUUUAAUGCUACAUUGCAGGUUGUUUAUGCGUGUAUAAUUUGAUAGUUCAGCCGUGUAAUGUUGGUUUUGGUGAUUGACUGCCUCUUUUGCAGCAAUGUUUAUAUGAUGCAGUCGCCCCAUGCAGAAUUUA